AGCCCCUUUCCUGCUGACAGCGGCUCUGGUUCCCUUACACUUCGGUUUCGUGUUCUCUAGUUUGGGUUUUUCUCACGUUCUGGAGAAACUCCGAGUUCAGGCCGGGAACUGGCGGUGGAGAAGCUGCAGAUCGCACGGUCGUGGGUCGCGUUUAGAAGCAUCGCAAGGAAUGGGCUGUCAGCUGUUGGGAGACUCCAGGGCAGGAUUCCCCCUCUGAUCCCAGGAUUUCCCUAUUCAGGGCAGGAUUCCCCCUCUGAUCCCAGGAUUUCCCUAUUCAGGGCAGGAUUCCCCCUCUGAUCCCAGGAAUUCCCUAUUCAGGGCAGAAUUCCCCCUCUGAUCCCAGGAAUUCUCCACCUGGAGCUGCAGGAUCCCCAUCUAAUCCAAACAUUCCCUCCCAGUGGUGAAUUUUCCCAACUGAUUCUGGGACUCCCCCAGCAGAUCCCAUGCAGAAUUCCAUAGGCUGCAUUUCUACUGGAUUGGCUCAGUGUAAGGGAUCCCCGACCCCAUUAGUACUGGAUCUCCUGAGGCUGCUGUCAGUGCAGGAUCUGCUGGAUCACCCUAUAGUAUAACCCCCAGUGGAUCUCUUUGCAGGAUUCUGCUCCAGGGAAGGAAGGACUGACGCCUCACUGCCCAAGUGAUUCUUCUGGAAUGCAGACUUAACACAGCCUUAAACAUGGACGCAGAGGAAGCCCUUCAGCUGAUCAUGAAGGAUCUGGCAGCGCUGGGGAAGUGCGGGGGAUUGUUGGACGGACAUCACAAAAAGAACUUCAAGCAGCAGGACGCCAGAAUAAAAUUUGAAUACAACGGAGAGAAAAGGAUUAUUGAGUUCCGCAGGCCAAUCAAAUUGAAGGAUGUUCAGCAAAAAAUCACAGAUGCCUUUGGACAAACGAUGGAUUUACAUUAUGCAAACAAUGAGCUCCUGAUCCCUCUGAUGUGCCAGGAGGACAUGGAUAGAGCUUUGGAAUACUUGGACACCUGCCCGGCUCUGAAGAGCUUGAGGAUACUUGUAAAAUCACCAAAGAAAAUGAUAGUAAGCAGAACUCCUGAGAGAGCAAUGAGGCAGUAUCUGCAGCCCGUGUGCUCGAAGGCCCAUGAUAUGAGAAUAUCUAAGUCUAUGGGAGAUAUUCUGGGUUCCCUGUACAAAGAUGCUGGCAAGGCCCGGAAAUAUUCAACAGGUUCCUUGCACACAGGCCGCAGUUCCCCCCCGCCCGGAAGUGUUCCUGAUGAACAGCAGCAAAUCGCACGGCAGGGGUCGUACACUAGUAUUAAUAGCGAAGGGGAAUUCAUUCCUGAGGUAAUUGACCCUUUCAUGAGCCCUAACGAAUCCCUCUCUAGCAGCUGCCAGUCACUGGAUAGAUCCCUGGACAGCCCUGCUUUUUCCACUCCAGUCCCAAGAGGAAAAGGCCAGCUGAAUGACAGUUUGGAGUGUUUAGAGUUUGAAAUUCCGUUCUACGAGAGGUUUGGAAAAGGAGGAACCUUUCCCCGGCAAUAUCACUUUUCCCGAAAAGACUACAACGAUGGUCGGAGAACCUUCCCUAGAAGUUACAUCCCACAAGAGAACAUUUUCCCACUCGGCACCAACCACAGAACAAGAAGUGUGAACGGGGAGAGCGGGUUAGUCACUAUGUCCUGCGAUGAGCAAAGGAAGAAGCGGUGGAAUAGCUCGGAACAUAACUUACCUUUCUUCAGUUCUACAUCCCAGGAACAGAAGAACAAGUCUCCUCAGGCACCUGAAAACUGGAGACUGGGGAAGCUUCUUGGCAGAGGAGCAUUUGGGGAGGUCUAUCUCUGCUACGAUGUGGACACAGGGAGAGAAUUAGCUGUAAAGCAGGUCCCCUUUGACCCAGACAGUCAAGAAACCAGCAAAGAGGUGAACGCGUUGGAAUGUGAGAUUCAGCUGCUAAAACUUCACCGGCAUGAAAGGAUAGUUCAGUAUUAUGGCUGCCUGCGGGAUCCAACGGAGAAAAAACUGUCCAUCUUUGUGGAAUAUAUGCCAGGGGGUUCUAUUAAAGACCAAUUGAAAGCCUACGGCGCACUGACGGAAAAUGUCACCCGGCGGUACACGAGACAGAUACUGCAGGGCGUGUCCUACUUGCACGGCAAUAUGAUUGUACAUAGAGACAUUAAAGGUGCCAACAUUCUGAGAGACUCCGCUGGGAACGUCAAACUCGGAGACUUCGGGGCCAGCAAACGUAUCCAAACCAUCUGCAUGUCUGGGACCGGCAUUAAGUCUGUAACUGGGACUCCAUACUGGAUGAGUCCUGAGGUGAUCAGCGGAGAGGGAUACGGGAGGAAAGCGGAUGUGUGGAGCGUGGCGUGCACGGUGGUGGAGAUGCUGACAGAAAAACCUCCUUGGUCAGAGUACGAAGCCAUGGCGGCCAUCUUUAAAAUUGCCACUCAGCCCACCAAGCCCCGCCUCCCGGAUAGUAUUUCUAACGCCUGCAGGGACUUCAUGAAACAAGUAUUUGUGGAAGAGAAACGGAGGCCGACGGCGGAAGAACUGUUAAGGCAUCUGUUUGUCAUCCAUAGCCUCUAAGUUCUCUCAAUGCCAAAAAAAACAAAACAGAGAUGGUGUGAGUGUUUCUAUGGAGAACAAAAGGCGUCUUCCUACUGGGGGGUGUUCCUGAGGUAGAGGUAGAGUUUAGCUGGUGGUGAAUGUGUAAAUCAGCUGCGGAACCACCGAACUGUGUGAAGAGGGAGAGUUCUGGUGGUGAAUGUUCCUUGUUUAUAUGGAAUGGAUGUGAGUGGAUGCCGAGCCACCUGACAGUUUGACUUAUAAAGGAUGUGCCAGGAUGUUUUAACCUACAAGGAUCACCUGUCCGAGUUGCUACAUGUUCCUGACGGCUGUUCCUAUCAGCUGAAUCAGACUGCAAGAGGAAAAUAGAACAACAAUUUUAAUAUAGGAGUGAUGGUGUCUUCCCUUUGCUGCAGCGCACUAUGCCACACACUGUUCUACACACUUCCCCCAGCCGACACAAAUAACAGUGUUAAACUUACUCACAUCUGGGCUGCGGGGCCCACUAGGGCCCGGGCGGCAGUUGACAUUGGACCACAGGGCAGUUGACAUUGAAAUUAACAGAGAAAGAAUGUCUUGUUUGGUUACGGUUGCCGGUAUCUUUGUCUGAUUUGCACUCCAAUUAGUUUGGUCAUCCGCAAAUUAUUGAAUCAUUUGGCUUGAGCCCCAAUUAUCUUAUCAUACAGUGAUCCAUGAAAACCUGUCUGGAAAGGACGGCAUCUACACCACCAGUGGCUUACCAUGCCCUACCAACCCACAGCUUGAUUUCUUCUUACCAGCCUACCGAGCCAUCUAGAGUCUCCAUGUCCCUGGCAGGUCUGGAUGCAGUCGGACCCGUGGUACUUAUGUCAGCAAACACAACAAUAUGAUCCUUGUCCAGCAGGAUCUUCUAAACUGCCCAAUAGACAUUUGGCCAAAAAUUGGUAAGGCAAGCCGUAUACAUGGGUCAACAAGCUUCUGACUGAAUCUGUAAGGGCCGAAUGUGCCGCUUUUAUCGGCUCAUGUAUGGCUACCUUAAGACAGCCCAUUGGCGUAACUUUAGAGGAAGCCAACCCCGCAGAUACAGUGGGUCCCUGGGAAAAGGGGAGCCUGAAAAGUCUAAAUCCUAUAUAGCCUUCAAGAACCCCUACCCUUCCCUUCCCCAGCCGCUUUCUUACCUGUAGCGGGAAGCAGAUCGGGGAGGAUAGUGGGCGGACUCUGGUCAGGGGUGGGCGGAUUCUGGGUGGAAACAGGGAGAGGGCGGAGACAGGAAGCAGGCAGGAGGAUGGGGAUCAGGGUGUGCUGGGCCCCUCUGAAGAUUUUUUAGCGGGGGGCCCAGCACACUCUAUUUAUGCCACUGAGACAGCCUGCCACUGGCCUUCCUUAUUUAUUGUUUGUGGUUUUUUUCUUUAAAGGAAAGGCAAAAAUUUCAGUAAAAAAAAAAAACCUAAAUAAGCGAGACAAACCUUGCUGUAUAAUAUGACUCUGUGAACAUCCUAUUUAAAGUUAAUUUCUAGGUGAACUGCCACUUUAUCUAAGUUUCUGUAGUCUUCUGGAUCACUGCACCUUACAAUAGGCCCACUAUAUAUAUAUAUAUAUAUCUGUUUAUAACAGAACAAGAAAUAAAGUGCACUAUGUGUUAUAGGCCAUGUUUUGUACUCACGGUGUAUACAUUUAAAUUUAACUGCACUGACCACUGCUUGCACCUGAUUUGUCAAAAUGCCCAUUUGAAAAAUAAGGCACAGGUUGUUCCACUGUUAAAUUACACGUAUAGGCUCUUGCACUUGCACUGUGUACCGUAAACAUCAAAGCAGGUGCAAGUGGCAGUUUGGCACGUAAGAUCAUUAAAAGGAGAACUAAAGUCUAACUAAAGAAGUAGCUAGAAAUGUUGUACAUUAUGUUUUGUGAUUCUGUAUUAGCCCAAGGCAACCACAGCCGUUUAGC